AUGGCCUUCGAAGUCCAAACUGCCUCGCCGGGCGAUUCGGCCAGCCUGACAGAGACAUUCUUCUCCACAUUCUCCGACGACUUCAACAGAACCAUGUUCCCCGCCAACCCGGAAGUGAGCGCGUUUCUACAGAACACCAUUCUGGAGGUAAACACCGAGCACCAGCAUGAGAUUCUCCUCAAAGUAACCGAUCCUUCCAAUGCCGAGGUGGUUGCUGCUUUCGCGAAAUGGAUACUCCCAAUCGUGUCUGCAGAUUUAGCUGCAGGUGCAGAUGCAAAUGCCGAUCAGGAUCGACAUGAGCACUCUGCAGCUACGAAGUGGCCUGCCAGUAGCGAUGCGAAGCUCUGCGAUAUGUUUUUCGGAACGAUGGAAAAGCAUCAUGAAGAAAUUAUGGAUGGUCGGCCACACUAUUAUCUUGAAAUCCUGGGCGUGCAUCCGUCUUACCAGGGCCGGGGUUUAGCGUCCAAAUUAUUGAAGUGGGGACUGGCGCGUGCAGAUGAAGAGGGAGUUGAGGUUUAUCUCUCUAGUUCGCCGGAGGGGAAACCUCUGUAUGACAAGAAUGGCUUUGAAGAGAGGAAGUAUCCAGGCCGUUUCUCGCCCUGGCCUGGAUACGAGCAGGUCGAUAUGAUCCGUACUCCUCGGAAAUAG